ACAGUCACACACUACUAUUCACCACCUAACUGUCACGCGACGCUCCUAGCACGGUGAAAAUUUUAAAGAAAUGUAUCGAAUAGUUGCAUUGUUUGUCAAUUUGUAUGCAGUAGUUAAUUGUGCGAAUUACCAACGUUACGGUGAAACUACGAGCAGAUAUCCAAGCUAUACUACUAUAUCGAAUUUGUACAACCAGUAUCCGUCGUAUAAAUCAAACUAUAAUAGUGAUAUUGCCAACUUUCCGGAGGCUACAAGAUAUCCAAAUUAUAGCCCUACAUAUACUACGAAUAGUUACAAUGCAUAUUCAAACUCAGGUGGAUAUUACAAUAAACCCUUGUAUACUACCCCAAGGUACGGAAUGGAUUAUGGGCAAAGAUAUGGCGAGGAGUACAAUGGAGGUUACAGCUCUUAUGAGGAACCGUUUAUGAAGGGUAUCAGGGACUAUUGCGUGAACAGGUCGCCACAGACUGGCAUUCUUGACACUGGUUUGAUGGGUAUGUGGUAUGGAGUAGAGUACAUACAACACUUGGCUGGUGAUGCAAGAGUGGAUAGUACCAGGACUUGCAUUGUUAUUCACAUUUCAGAACCGAUGGAUCGGCCGUCAACAGAAAAUCAGCUGUUCCACGUGCAGCAUAUCAACGCAAAGUUCAGGCAGCAAUUCCGUCAUCUGCGACUGCUGUGGGACGAAGCCGGGCAGACCACGGAGUACUCGCUUUACUUCCGGAAUGAGUCUGCGGGAUACUGGCAGGUGUUCGAUGGGCAAAAUGGAACAAUGGCUAACAAUCCCCGCUAUCAGCAGUUCAGUGGCACCGUGCAAGUUCUCAAGGCGGUCAACGAUCACUUAGUUCUUAACUUUUGUCAAGAACCUAAAAAUGGCAGAACUGCGCAAUUAUACUCUGUACUUUUCUCCCGAGACCCCGGCAUCAUGGCUCGAUGGGAAUUGGAUUCGGUGCACACUUUGCUACAAAAUAAGAAGCUCUCCGUUGCUUCCAGGCGAAUGGUUUGUGGGAACAGUGCGGUCAAACCAGUCUACAGCAUUGUUCUCUCUCUAACGUUGAUGAUAUUUCCCUAUAUCUUCUGUUCAUCAUAGACCUCAGCUGAGGAAUAUUGGCACUACACAACAGCCACUAAUUCUCUUUAGUGAUGAUCUCACUUAUUGCGAAAUGCGAAACUAGUUUUUAAAUUUGAUGUCAUUUCAUGACUAACUCGAUAUAUAACCAUUUUUUUGUGAGUUUGUAAAAGAGGUAUAAAACAUCACAGCUAUUAUUAUUUACUACUUUGAUGUCCGUCCCUAUAAUUUGGUUUAGAAGAUAAUGUUGUCUGUACUCGUACGUUAUUGUAUUUAAAAUACAAUGUCAAGAAUUACAUUCACGUUUGAAUGAAUGAAAAUACAUAAUUAUGUUGUUAUACAUUUAUAAUUUAUAUAGCUAUUUACGUACUACAGAAAGUAACAUAGGUAUUUUAAGACUCUUUGUCCGAUAGAUUACAUGAUUGUUACAAUUUGUAUUCAAUAAUCAUUGUUACCAUUUGUCUACAGGAGGCUCUUCAAUUUUAUACCUAUCAGCUUUUUAUGAAAUAUGUUAGAGAUUCGAUAUGAAAUAAUAAAAAUGGUUUACCAUUGGUAAUAAAAAAAAUCACGAUCGAUCACGAUUAUCUAUAUAUUUUCAGUUCCAGUAUUCAGUGAACAGAUGUCACAAAUUCUGUACACUGUAAAAUAUAGUAUACUUAUUAGUAGACACUAUCAUGUAUGUAUCUUUUGAAAGUAAUACUUAUCAUGCUGAUUUUUGUUUGAAUAUUUUUUUAAUCCAACGUAGCGUGGUACAAUUAUUUAUUAAU